AUGGUCCUGCCCCAUGGCGUCACCCUCUGGUCCUGCUCUAGUUCCUGUCCUCCCAGAUGCACGUGCACUCAGGAAAAGGGCUGCACUGUACUGUGUGACCACGCUAAUCUAGCAGAACUGCCUAGAGAGUUUCCUUGCGAAGCCUUGUCUAUUAACCUAGAAAAGAACAGCCUCAAGUUUUUGUCAGAGCGAGCUUUUGGCACACUGCCCUCUCUAAAGUCACUUUUACUGGAUCACAAUAACAUUUCUUUUAUCACACCAGGAGCUUUUAAAGGGCUGCCCAAUCUACUGGAGCUUAAGAUGGCCCACAACAAGUACAUUCGCUACCUUCAUACACGGACCUUCACUUCCCUCAAAUGGCUGGUGAGCCUGGACCUUUCUGACUGCAACCUCUUUAACAUGCCUGACCGCAUCUUCCUGGAACAGGUCUCACUUAGAGAGCUGGUUUGUUUUCAAAAUAAUUUCAGACGCAUUCCAGGUGCAAUACGCAGAAUGGAGAACCUGACACGUGUUUACCUGGAGCGCAAUAAAAUUGAAGCAGUAGCAUACAACUCUUUGCUGGGUCUGACCAACCUUAAGUAUCUAAACCUUCAAGAGAAUCGGAUCAGUGUUAUCCAUGAUGAGGCCUUUAAAGACCUACAACAGCUAGAAAACUUUUACCUGAACGACAAUCUACUGGUGGACUUACCAGUGCAAUGUUUCAAGGGUCUAAGUCAUCUGAAGAUAUUGAAUCUUGGUGGCAAUUUUCUAAGCAAUAUCUCUAAAACCUGGUUCAGUGAUCUGAUAGAACUGGAGGUGCUGUACCUGGACCGAAAUCGUCUGAACUUUAUUGAGGAGGAUGCAUUUAAAAACCUGAUUAGCCUCAUGUCACUGCACCUCAAUAGCAACAACCUUACUGCACUGCCUUUCACUGUCUUUCAGCCUGUCUACUUUAUUGGACGGAUUUAUUUGUUUCGCAACCCUUGGGAUUGCAACUGUGACUUAGAAUGGCUAAAAGAGUGGAUGGAGAGCUAUAGGCUGGUAAGGGACAUUCCGUGUGCAUCCCCUUCUUCGGUAGCUGGGCUGGACUUAAGCAAGGUGGUCUAUACUCAUCUAAACAGUACCUGCAUAGACCCAGCAGAGCUUGACCUGACACCAGCUGUUCCAGAUAACACCCCCACAGAGAGCAAGUUUAAUAGCCUGAUUUCCAAACUGCUGCACCAGGAACUCAGGGAUAAGACUGGGAACUCAACAGAGAACCAGAAAAACAGCACAGUGCAGGAGGCAGCAGAAGGCCAGGUUUCGUGUGCCUAUAAAUCCUCCAGUGCUGGCCUUAUUACCCUACUGGCAUGGUUGUUUCUUAUACAAGCCCUGUCAUGCUGCCUGUUAAACCAUAUUAAUGCCUCAUGA